UCAGUGAAUUGACUUCAGGACAGAGAGACACCCAGAUGGAGGUAGACAGAUGGAGAGAGACAGUUGUUCCACAGCAGCUGCUCUGAUUCCUCUUUCCACACUGAGCUAACAUUUUCACGAUAAAAUCUCAGCCUGCGACAUCACACCGAGGGACGAAAGACGGACAGAGAGACAAGGAGUGAGAAACAAAAGAGAGACAAAGAAGAGACGGCCAUGAUCUCACUCCCUCAGUAGGAUGUAGGAGAAGAGGAGACGAGACAGAAGAAGGAAAGAGAGAGAGAGACAGCAAAAAGAAGAAGAAGAACAGGAUUAUUAUAUCUAUAGCGAAGAAAACAAAAAGGGAGACAGAAGUCAUUGAAGGUUGUGAUUUGGGACACAACUUGGAGUGGCUGGUUCACUCUCCACUUGUAUUGCUGCGCUUCCUGCUUUUGAAGCAUCUAAAUCCUUGCAAACUCUUUCACUCAGGGUUGCCCAUACACACCCUCUCCGAUCAUCAUGUGUCAUGUGAUCGUUACGUGCCGCUCGAUGCUCUGGACGCUCCUCAGUAUCGCCGCGGCCUUCAGCGAGCUCAUCGCUUUCCUUAGCACUGAUUGGCUGGUGGGGUUCCCACGCGUGCCUGAUUCUGCCCCGGAGGCAUCCACCGAGGCUUACCACCCCACACUGGGGCUUUUUGGGCGGUGUGUGUUUGUGGGCAGAGUCAUGUGUGGCCCUUACGCACUGACAUUCAAUGAGAUCGCCAGUGGAUUCUGGAAGGCGGCAGCCAUUUUUCUGGCGACGGGAAUCCUGCUUCUCAGCGCCGUGGCCUUCACCUCCAUUUUCACCAUCUGCUUCCAGAGCAUCAUGAGGAAGAGCAUCUUCAAUGUGUGUGGACUACUGCAGGGCAUCGCAGGUCUGUUCCUGAUCCUGGGUCAGUUGUUGUACGCAGCAGGGUGGGGCAGUGAGAAGGUGAAGCAGUACUGCGGUGUGAACUCGUCAGCCUAUAACCCGGGGCUGUGCUCAGUGGGCUGGGCUUUUUACACAGCACUGCUCGGCACCGUGCUCAGCUUCAUCAGCGCCGUGUUCAGCGCCCAAGCCGAGAUUGCCACAUCCAGCGACAAAGUCCAGGAGGAGAUCGAACAGGGCAAGAACCUCAUCUGCCUCCUCUGAGAGAGAACCGCAGGAAAAAACCAGAGGCCCUGAUGUCGGUCAUGUUAAAGCCAGCGUGACAGAGAUCUAAUGAGAAGAGAACAAAACCACUUUCAUUUCAUCUCACCACUAACUCUGCUCUUUGUUUGUUCGAAUUUGGGAGAAAAUUCUUCUUUCUUCUUUUUUUCUCUCUUUGUCCUUUGCCUUUACUUUAUUCAUUUGUUUUGUUGUGUUUGGUAUGUCCCUUAGAUUUGUUUUCCACUCACUGAAAUGAAGAAUGAAAUUUGUAAAUAAAUGUGUAUAUACUGUACAUAAUGAUGAUGAUGAUGAUGAUGAUGAGGAAACAUCUCAGUGAUGAAGGUGCUGAAACCACUAAUCCACGGUCACUUCCUGUUACGGGUCGAAGUUCUGCACAUGUUUAACCGGGACACAGGAAGUUUACUCCUACUGUUCCUGGAUCAGUUCCUGGUUUUAAAACACAAGUAGACCUGCGCAGGUGAAACUGACUCCGGAUCAAUGGACCAAAGGAGCCAAGACCUUUGUUAAGACUCUUCUGUGGUAUUUUUUAACAGGACUCUUCCUCCUUCACCUUUUCACUCUUUCUCUGCUCAACACGUGUCUCUUUGCUCUUAUUAUGUUUUAUAUUUUCCUUCCUCUCACUCUAUUAUCUUCAUAUUUUCCCAUAUCAUUUCUGCUUCCUUCUUUACUUCCUCCCAGUCUCAGGACAGGAAGCAAGAGGAUGAGAGAUCAACAGGAAGAGGAAAAAAGAAUAGCCCAUUUUCCAAGUCAUUUGUUCUUAUACAUCCAUAGAGUGUGUGUGUGUGUUAGAGAGAGAGAGAGAGAGAGAGAGA